CUUUUCAGAUUUUUCUGCAGCAGCAGAAAAGCAGCAGCAGCAGCAGCUGCUGCUACUGCUGCAGGACGGGUCUCGAAAAAGGGUUCGCCGUGCUGCUGCAGGCAGAGGCAGACCCGCCCGCAGCAGGGAAGAGAGUGUGGGGCCCCUGGGGGGCCCCCUGGGGGCCCUAGAGGAGGACCCAUCCGACGCGGGGGCCCCCUCCCCGUUCGAACCCCAGCAGCAGCAGCAGCAGCAGCAGCAGCAGCAGGAGGGGGAGGUGGUGGCGCCACCGAGCGGGCGCAAGCGGCGGGCUGUGGGGUACGUGUUCAUUGUAGAGGGGGGCCCCCCUGAGGAGGGGGGCCCCCCAGGAGACGCGAAGAAGGAGGACCGGGGGGGGGGGGCCCCCCGGGGGGCCCCCCGGACGCGCUGGCGCGUCAGCGUUUUCUGGUUUCUCAGCGGCGCAUAA